UUUUUUUAAGAUUUUAUUUAUUCAUGAGAAAGAUAGAGGAGACAUGUGCUGCCGGGAGAUUGAACUCAGGACCUCAUGCUUGAGAGUCCAAUGCUUUAUCCACUGCACCAUCUUCCGGACCACUGAACUGCUCAUUUUCUAAGCAGAAGGGAAUAGAGUGUCAUGGAGAAAAUAAUGAAUGUCAAAGGAAGAGUGAUUCUAUCAAUGCUGGUUGUCUCAACUGUAAUUGUUGUGUUUUGGGAAUAUAUCAACAGCCCAGAAGGCUCUAUCUUGUGGAUAUAUCACUCAAAAAACACAGAAAUUGGUGGCAGUGGCAUUCAGAAGGGUUGGUGGUUUCCAAGCUGGUUUAACAAUGGGACCCACAAUUACCAAGAAGAGGAAGAUACAGAAAAGGAACAAAGAAAUGGUGACAAUGAAGAAGGGCUGCAGCUAUGGGACUGGUUUAAUCCACAAAAACGCCCAGAGGUUGUGACAGUGACCGGAUGGAAGGCACCAGUUGUGUGGGAAGGUACUUACAACAAAGCCAUCUUAGAAAACUAUUAUGCCAAACAGAAAAUCACUGUGGGUUUGACGGUUUUUGCAAUUGGAAGAUACAUUGAGCAUUACUUGGAGGAAUUCUUAACAUCUGCCAAUAGAUACUUCAUGGUUGGCCACAGAGUCAUAUUUUACGUCAUGGUGGAUGAUGUCUCCAGGAUGCCUUUCAUAGAGCUGAGUCCCCUGCGUUCCUUCAAAGUGUUUGAGAUUAAGCCUGAGAAGAGGUGGCAGGACAUCAGUAUGAUGCGGAUGAAGACCAUUGGGGAGCACAUCGUGGCCCACAUCCAGCACGAGGUAGACUUCCUCUUCUGUAUGGACGUGGACCAGGUCUUCCAAGACAGCUUUGGGGUGGAGACUCUGGGUCAGUCAGUGGCUCAGCUACAGGCCUGGUGGUACAAGGCAGAUCCUGAUGAGUUCACCUAUGAAAGGAGGAAGGAGUCCGCUGCAUACAUUCCCUAUGGCCAGGGGGAUUUCUAUUACCAUGCGGCCAUUUUUGGAGGAACCCCUGUUCAGGUCCUCAACAUCACCCAGGAGUGCUACAAAGGAAUCCUCCAGGACAAGAAAAAUGACAUAGAAGCUGAAUGGCAUGAUGAAAGCCACCUAAACAAGUAUUUUCUUCUCAACAAACCCACUAAAAUCCUAUCCCCAGAAUACUGCUGGGAUUAUCACAUAGGCUUGCCAUCAGAUAUUAAGAUUGUCAAGAUAUCUUGGCAGACAAAAGAGUAUAAUCUGGUUCGAAAUAAUAUCUGACUUUAAAUUGUGCCAGGACAUUUCCGAAUUUGAAAGAGUAUUAUUCUGUCUACUUCUUCAAAAAAAGUAACACUUAAGUUUAACUCAAAAAGCAUACUAACAAAACACCAAGAAAAAAGGCACAUACUAUUCCUCCUUGUGACUUUGAACCUUGUUAUAUGAGAGGAUGAAACCUGGACAAUCAGAUAUAAAUUCCUAGUGAUUUCCUAUCUGUUCAUUGUCUGGGAGGAAUACCAUCAACUUAACUAAGACAGAAUUUGUCACUGACAAAGAUAAAGCCAGAAACACUCAACACGUGCCAGAUAAUGUACAGGAUGAUAAGACUGUUUGGUAACAUGAUACAGUCGUGGGGAGUUUCCCCUAGGUUUCAGUACCGUCCUGUCUUUGCCGAGUCUAAACUUUAAUAUAGAGUUGCUUUGUAGCAGAACUCUUAACAAGGACUCAGUAAUAUUUCAAGCCUGCCUUGACAGUCCUCAAAUGGUUUUAACAACAGAUUGCUUUGGGCCAUUUUUGGUCCAUGCCCUUUUCUCAUCAGGAUGGUGUUUAGUUUGCGUGCAAAAUGGAUAUCUUGGUAGUGAAUGUCUGGAGUCACGAGGAAUCUGACUAAGCCAGUAAGUACUUGGGGUGAAGUGAAGACAGAACCCCAAAGUAUGUUUGCUUGAAAUAGCAAAGGAGAGUGGGAAAAGAAGGGGCUCAUCACUAUGGGCAGUGCUACCCCAGAGGGAUACAGCACAUGAGGUUGGCAUAGGACAGGGUGUUGGCGCCAACAUCCAUUGUGGAUCCAGGUGCUACAUGGAGGACAGUGUGGGUAGUCUCCAGUCUUCUUGACCUCCCAGUGCCACUGGGUUAUAAAUGCAAGAUAUUUCUUGCUUUGCCCAAGAGUACAUCAGACUCUGUAACUUGUGUCUUCAGAUGAAGAUCUUUCACCAGAUGAAGUAGAUGUUCUCCAAGAAGACAACGCUUGCAGUGGAUUGAAGUGUCUUGCAAGGAGUUUUAUUUUCCAGACCUGAUUUGAUUGAGCUUCCUGGAAACCAGUCACAUUGAGACAGAGUUCAUAACAACCAGUUGUCAGCAAGUUCCAUGGCGCUUGCUCCAACCCUCAGCCCAUUAUGUAUGAACUUGGAGAACUGGCAUCAAAGAGUGGACUGGAGAAAAGGUCCUCAUUUUUUAACCACUUUUUUUUUUUUGCAACCCAUUCUGCACUACUGAAACAUAA